AUGGCGGCGUGUCGGGUGGCGGUGGCAGUGUCGGUGUUGGAUGGGUACAAGUACGCGUGGCAUCGGCUGGCUCAUCGCAGUCGGUUCCUGUACCGGCAUAUGCACUCUUGGCACCACCGCAUCGUGAUGCCCUACGCGUACGGCACCAUCUACGGGCACCCGCUCGAGGCACUCAUGGCCGACACCGUGGGUGCCUCGCUGGCCCUCUUCGUCUCCGGGAUGUCCCCCCGCGCCACGGCCGUGUUCCUCUCGCUCUGCAACAUCAAGGCCAUCGACAACCACUGCGGCGUGUGCAUGAUGUCGCGGUUUCUUCGGUCGCUCUGGAACGAUGCGGCCUACCACGACGUGCAUCACAUGCCGCGUCGAGUUAGGCACAACUUCUCUGAUCUGUUCUUCGUUACGUGGGACAAUAUGUUCGGGACGCACAUGCCCUACGCCGUCGAGGAGAGGUCUGGCGGAGGGUUAAAGUUCCGGAUUUUACGGCCCAAACCAACGCCUAAGACGCGCCUCGACCCCAUGGUGAAGAGUACUGCCACUGCUUCCUAA